AUGAACAUUUCAAACGAGCAUGUUCAAAACUCAUUUAGUUUGUAAGAUGAGUACUUUCAAGGUCCAAACUCAGGUAUGAUUUCAGGGAGAAUCGUCCUUGGGGAUGGAGACUCCAACAGGAAUCUGCCUGCCAGUUGGAAUUCUUUCACAGUUCCGGAUUAGCAGAAAUUGGGAGAUAUCAGUCAGCAAUCAAUUCAUGUGAUGCCUAUUGAUAUGCAUAAAUCGAUGAAGAAUAUGCGAAAAUCGGAAUAUCAAUCUGCGUAUGCAAUUGAAGACGAGGAGGAGUAAGGAGGAAAACCUUAAUUUCUGAAAUUGAUAAUAGCGAAGAGUUUCCAAAACAAUUUUAUUAACAACCUGUGGAACAGAUCCUACUUGAGAAAGCUGCAUCAACUUUCCUUUUACCAAAUCCAAGCAUUGGAUGAUUUAUAAUUAGAAAAUGAGGCUUAUCUGCAUAAUGACAAGAGAACGUUAACAAGAUGGGAGGCUUUUAAGCGAUUCUUCUCGUACAUCGAGGUGUUUACUCCUUACAGUUAAUUAAUAUUUAUUUGGGGCCUGUUUUAAAUUUUAACAUAUUUGCUGAUCUUCUUUUGGCUACCAUACAAGAUCUCAUUCAAAUUGGAUUCAAUCGGAGAUUUCCUGGGCAUCAGCGUAUACAAGUAGUCUCUCGAAAUAGUUUUUUUGUCGAUAUUGAGUUUGGACGUGUUUGUUGGUUUGAAUUUAGCAUUCAUAUACAAGGGACUUAUAAUACGGAAUAGAAAACGAAUAUUGAUAAAUUAUUUUCGAUAAUAUGCAUUUGUUGAUUUGGUUUCGUUGAGUACGGUGACUCUUCAAUUCUUUAUUCUCACAAACAAUGAUGAGUCCAACCAAAUGUUGAUCGUUUAAAUAGUUCUCUGUGCUAUUUUCUAUGUUCUUCGUCUGACAAAAAUCAAUAAGAUCUUAGCAUAAAUAUAAGAAUUCUUCAAUCUGUAUGGUUCUUUGAAUGACUUGGUUGGAUUGCUAAAGCUGACCAUGAUGAUAGUGUUCAUAGCUCACAUUUGCGCAUGUGUUUGGCAUGGUCUGGCAUUCUAUAAUGAUGGUUAUUCGUGGUUGGAUGCAUACGAUUUGCGAGAUAAGGGGAAUGCCUCUAAAUACAACAAGGCCUUUUAUUGGGCAACGAUGACAAUGACUACAGUGGGUUAUGGGGAUAUAACAGCUAAAAAUAACAUAGAGUUGCUGAUGAAUAAUCUAACUAUGUUGAUAGCCUCAAUAGUGUUUGCGUAUUCAGUGAAUAGCAUAGGAAUAUUUGUAUCUAACAUGUACAAAGGAGCUAUGGAAUACAGUAGAAGUGUGACCCUCAUUAAUACAUUUAUGUCAAAAAACAAGAUUCAAUUCGAAUUAUAAACAAGAAUCAGGAGUUACUUGGAGUAUAUUUGGUAAGAAGAAUAGAAUAUGAAUGAUGAGGAAGUCUCAUCUCUAAUUUGUAAAUUGAGUAGCAAUUUAUAGGAGGAAUUGCAGUAUCAGUUAAGAGGCAAUAUACUCAGCAGUUGUAAGGUGAUGAUCAAGACCUUCUCUGAAAAGAUGAUAAAGUCAUUAUUGGGAUAGAUGGAGGAAUAGAGUUUUUCACCUGAAGAGAGAAUUAUUACAUUAAAUUAAUUGGAUGAUUCUUCGUUGUACAUUAUUACUAAAGGAGAGGUGGAGAUCAUUUUCGAAGGUUUUAAUAGUUUGAAUGAGAGAGUUCAGAGGAAUAGCUUGAAGUUUCUUUAUUAAGGAGAUUAUUUUGGAGAGUUCUCGUUCUUUACAGGUUAACCUCGAAAGGCUACUGCUAUUUCUAGAGCAUUUACUAAAGUGUUUAAAAUCAAAAGGGAGAACUUCAUUAAGAUCUUACUGUCUUAUCCUAAUGAUUACGAGAAGUAUUGUUAAUUGACACACACACUGUUGCAUCAAGAUUACAGUGCACUCCAGGUGAGUUGUUACAGUUGUUAAAGUAACCAACAUCUGAUUGAUAAGUGUCACUACUUGCAUUAUUGUCCAGAUAAGGAAAGCAUACUGAAGAAGGAGUUAUAUCCUCAUGAUUAACCAAGGAACAAGAGGAUAGGGAGACUGAAUAAGGAGAAGGAAGUGAGUCCUUGGUUGAUACAGAAGUAUCUGAUGACUAAGGCAAAGGAGAUUUAAUAGGAAUAACAGUAUUUGGCGAGUAAGGGCACAGACUUCGAAGACUUUGAAUAACACUCCAACUUAAUGAAUGAUGUGUAUGAGGAUGAAAUCGAAAUCGAUGUGCCAUCUUCGCUGAAUCAAAGAAGCAACUCUAGAUCAUUCAGUAAGAUUAGUCAGAAACCUAAUUAAUAGACGAUGAUAACAGAAAAUGAGGAUGAUGACUCCAAAAACUAUUCGAGGAAGGUAGUCAAUCCCAGAGCCACUCUCUAAACGGCUGGAUUUGGAGGAGGGAUGAGGGAUAGUGUCAGAGUUGAUUUAAUGAAGGAUGAUGAAUACCAAGAAAUCUCGGAGGAAGAAUCUGAUGAAGAGAAAGAUUAGGUGUUAAUGUAAUUGCCAGUGCCAGCCAAACAAAAUUAGGAAAUUGCCAGAACUCAAUAACAAAAAAUCACUUUUACAAGAAAGGAUUCAAAUGAAGAAGUUAUACCUCGUUAAUCUUCUCUUAGAUCUCAUACUUACACUCAGAAAGGAAGACAAUCUUAAACUAUCAAAAGGACUUUGACUCCUGAAAAGAUAUUCCCACCUAAUUCUUCAGACCUAGAAGUCAGGCAUCACCAAAAACGGCCCACUUAGAAAAGGUAAUCUAAUGCAACCAGGACGUUUACUAGGAAUCAAGGAAGAGAAAUGACCACAGAUAUCAAUCAUACUUCCGUCAUGGAUAAUCAAACUUAUAAUCAACAUACCAACAAUUCUAUUAUUACUGACUUCGAUAAAAUGCAAAUGUUCAUCUACUAUUUCCCUCUCAAUAAUUAUGAUAUCGUCCUCAAAAGAUAUGCGAGACUUCAAAAGUUCUUUGGAAAAAGAAGACUCUACCCUGAAUUCUCUAGAUACUCAUUUUUCUUUUUAACCAUCAAGAAAGGUUGGAAACUCAGAAAAUUAGGAGACAAAGUCACGGGGUUGAGAAUUGCAGAAUCAUUGAAGAAGCCAUUCACUAAAACAUUUCAAAGUAUUAAAACAGUUAAGAAAAUUGCACAUAAUACCACUGGAAAUGGAGGAGGAGGUACAUCGCCUUUAAGAUUAUAAUCCUUUAAGUGA